UAAUAAAGUACUCAAAUAGUCAAAUUAACUUCUAAGGAUAGUUCUAGAUGACACUUGCUUUAAAGAGGAUGGUAGAGAGGGAAACUCAAGGCUAGAGGGACAGAGAAAGUGCAUCUGAGUGGAAAGAGAUCUAGAUCGGUGCACAAGAACAGAGGCCUGAAGCUUUUCUGCUCUAAAAAAUGGCCUCCCAGCUGUUAAUGAUAAUUGUCUCUGUGCUUGAUUCGGUAGCUUUUGCUUUAGCAGUGGCUGCUGAGCAGAGACGAAGCACUGCCCAAAUUGGUACUGAUAUUGAAGAGACCCGUAAUUACUGCAUUUAUGAUUCCGACAUUGCCACUGGAUAUGGUGUUGGUGCGAUGUUAUUUCUACUGGUCGGUCAAAUUCUCCUCAUGUUUACUAGCAGCUGCUUUUGCUGUGGAAAGGCUUUGAAGCCGGGAGGUUCUCGAGCUUGUGCAAUUCUGCUAUUCAUUAUUGGAUGGGUCACAUUUGCGGUAGCUGAGGUAUGCUUGCUUGCUGGUUCUGUGAGGAACGCUUAUCACACCAAGUACACAUCAUCGUUCUUAAUGGAUGACAAGCCACUCUCCUGUCAAACAUUGAGAAAGGGGGUCUUUGCUGCUGGAGCAGCUUUCAUUUUAAUCACAAGCAUCAUCUCUCACUGCUACUAUGCUUCCUACUCUAGGGCAAGGAGUGUCCCGGAUGGGCCCCACAAUAGAUCGUCAAGCAUUGGCAUGGCAAGGAUCUAAUGAGUUUCCAUAAAACUGAAUACAAAAUCUCCUUGCUCAGCUCGGUUUGAGCCCGUGACUGCCUGAUUUUUUGAGUUUCAUGUGACUUCGGCUCGUAAUUAUUAGUUGCAUAUGGUGUUUUAUAAGUAUAGCAGUGCAAGUGUAGUUGGAGACUGAGAACCUUGUCGCUGUGAUGCUGUUGCUUGAAGUCCUUGAACUCUUCAUUCUUUUGUGAUAUUAUGUAAGCUUUACUCUUAUACUACGUAUUAUCGAUCCCUGUAAUGCUGUAUAGCCUAUUGCUGCAUCAGUAGUUCUUUACUUUCCCAUUUUAUACGCGGUACAAAAAUUGGUACUACCUCCGUUCCUAUUAUAACUUCCAAAUAGGUUUGGCACACAAUUUAAGAUAGUGGGUAUUAUGUGGCGGAGAGUUGUGCAGAGGAGAGAGAAAUGUUGUGAACCACAAAUUCUUUACCAAAUAGGGAAAGUGGAAGUUUUAAACAAAUUCUUUACCAAAUAGGGAAAGUGGAAGUUUUAAUCGGAACGGACGGAAAAAAAAAGUUGGAAGUUAUAAUAGGAAUGGAGGGAGUAUAAUAUACUCCCAAUCUCUCUUAAAGAAGUUUCUUAGUUUGAUUUUCAUUGGGUAUAAGAAUAUCUGAUUUUUUCUUAGACUUAUUUAACUAUUGUUGUAGAGACUAGAGUACACUAUUUUGAUACGGCUUAACAUUUUAUAGUUAUUUUGGUACGAUUAUCUGUUAUUAGGUAGCUUAACUUUAGCAUUGCAAUCCUACCUAGAUAUGUGUGGUCUCGCACACACAAAAUACUAUCAUCACAUUUUAGACAUUUUAGUUACUCUAAAA